AUGAUUAAUUUUGAGACUUGCAAAAAUACUGAAAAGAAAAAUGAAAAGAACAUACACAGAUGCUGUUCCAUGAAUUUGGACGAUGAAAAAAGGGAAGAAAUAAAUGAAAUGUUAAAAAAUUUUAAAAAUGAUGAAAGAGAAAUUUGCUUUCCUCUGUUAGACUAUUAUUUUCUGAAUAAACAAUUCAAAUACCAAAAUUUAAAGGAAAGUUUGGAAGUAAAUAACAAUGUCAAUGAGUACAUCAAUAUGAGGUUUCUUCGGAAGGAAACUUAUCCCAAGGAUGCAUUUUUUAAAACAGAACAAAAAAAUAGGGAAAUGGUGGUAUACAAUAAAUUAAUGAAAAAAAUGGAAGAAACCCAGUGGAAGAGAACAAAUGACAAGAGUAGCAUCAGACAAAGUAGGAAAAACAUAAACAAGGACUACUUAGACGAGAAUGAAAGAAAACAUAACAAUGCUGCAAGAGAAAAUAAUAAAUUACCCUAUGAUAUUCCCACCAUGUGGAAAAAAAAUGACAUUAUAGGAACAUUUAACCCUGUGUAUAAUGCAAGAGAUCAAAUAAUGAAUGAUAUUUGUAUUGACUCCAUCCCGACGAUAGACAUUUUUUAUAAUUCCUCAAAAUUACUUACUAUUCAAACCGUAUUUGAACCUAUUAGUAAUUAUAUAUACUUAUUACGUCUGUUGCCAAAGUUUUGUCUACCUCUAUACGAUUCGGGGAUAUUACAAUAUGCAUGUGAAGACCCAAUACUAAAUCCUAAAUUAAGAGGAUUAGAAAUUUCCUAUAGAUUAUUAGUGCAUGAUAUUCUAUUUUAUGCCUUUUUUUCAUAUUUAUCUGAUUUACCAUUUUGGGCAAAACCACCGAUUGAACUGCUCAGAAUUUACAACUAUGAAAGUUUAUAUUCUUUUAAUGACUAUGAAUCAGAACACACAGAAAGGCUAGUUUUUCAUAAUAUAAAAAAUAUUUUAUACAAUUUUGCAGAUACGAUAAAUAAAAUUGAAUUAUUAUAUCCAAAAAAUUAUUACAUCACCAUUUUUCCAAAUAUUUAUUUUAAAAACAUUAUCCAAUUUUUAAAAAGUGAAAAUUUUAAGUUAAAAAAAAUUAUAGUUGUUUUGAAGGGAAAAAAUUAUAUUGAUGAAAAAAUGAUUAGUCAUAUUAAAAAUAAUCUUGAAAAUUUUAGAGGCAUGACAACAGAAAAUAUAAAAAAGAAAACGAAUCACAAAAAAUUUCUCCAUAAUUAUUCUAGAACCCAAGAUGAGGGAGUAAAAAUUGAUACAAAAAGUGUAAUAGAUGCUAUAAAAAGGUGCCAUAAUUCUACUGAUGAGUUUUUAUCACUUAGCAAAUGUGGGACUGGACAACUAGCAGAGAAUUUAGACAUUCCAAAUGAGAGAAAAAAUGAAAAACAAAAUUUGGAGAAAAAAAAAGACAAAUUAAUAUCGGACGAUUUAGGAAAAAGAAAAAAUCAUGAAAAUGAAAAAACAUCUAACACUUUGAAUAACAUCCCUCAUAAUAACAGUGAAACGUAUGGAGCCACUUCAAUAACCCCUUCUGUGAGUCAAGAUAACAGUGUGGCACAAAGCAGAGGGAUUACGAAAUGUAGUAAAUAUAAUAUCACACAUGAAAAAAAUAGCCAAAUAAAGGAAAACAGGAAUUGUAUUAAAAAGGAACAAGAGAAGCAGCAAAAUACAUCUAGUAGCAACAACAAUCUGGAAAUUUUCCCUUUUGAGGAUCUAAACCCAUGUGAUAAAGCGGAUGAAAAUAAUAAUCAUAUUGAUGAGAAACAUGCUAACAGAAAUGGGAAACAAAGUGAUGAAUUAAAAAAAAACGCAAAAACUAGCACAUUGGAUAAGUCAUUUAGGGAAAACAAUUUAAUUGAUAUGUCAGAUAAAUAUAAUAUUGACACAUCGGUAUAUAAUAUGUAUUACCAACGCGAGAAAAAGAAGCAGAAAGAUGAUAUCUCUAUUUUUGAGAAAUAUGAAAAAAAAGAUGUCCAAAAUAGAAAGUACAGUAAUUCGUCCGAAUCGUCAUGCAGUGAAGAUAAUGAAACAGACGAUGAAAAUAUUGAUGGUUUUUUUAAAACAAAAAAGUUAAAGAGUACAGUGUAUGAUAAAGACGAUUUUUCUUUUUCUAAAUUUAUGAAUAAAAUUAUAAAUUAUGAAAAAAUAAUUGACUACUUAAAUAAUGACCCGCAACGCCAAGAAAGUGAAGAUUCCAAAAUUAAGUUUUACAUUAAGUUGUUGUUAUUUGAAAAGUCUAACACACCAUCUUAUGUAAAUGAAGAUGUAAAUGAAGAUGUAAAUGAAGAUGUAAAUGAAGAUGUAAAUGAAGAUGUAAAUGAAAAUGUAAAUGAAAAUGUAAAUGAAAAUGUAAAUGAAAAUGUAAAUGAAAAUGUAAAUGUAAAUGAAAAUGUAAGUGAUGAAGUUCGGGUUCCAUGUACAACGCCUGUGGAGGUUAAUGGGAUAAGCGAUCUAGUACAUGCAGAUGGUACAACUCCACCUACAAAUAACGAUGAUAUGGUUCAGGCGGAGGUACAUGGGACUCAAAUCGAAGGAACUAUUGCUUCUGACAAAGGAACACUUGCCACUUCGGUCACCCGUGGGGGAACCCUCAUCAACCAUAUAACCGACGGUGGAAAUGAUAAGGAUACUGCUGAGAGUAAUAAAGUUACUCUGAUUGAAAACAAUGACAACAUGCGCUCAGAUGCAGAGGAGGAGAAUGUUUUAAACAGAACCCAAAAUGAUCAUGCGGAAAUUUCAUCAGACUAUAUCGGUAACUUGAUAAGAAAUUUAAGGGAAACCUACGCAGCUACAAAUUUCUUAUCAUUCAGUAGCAUCGAAGAAGAUGUACGUGAUCCCAAUUUCAAUUUAAAUGACGUGCAAGAUUCGCAAACGAGGUUAACAUUUAACUUUAAUUAG